UUUUCAUCACUCUGUUCUGCCGCAUAUCAAACCACAGCCAAUAAUCUAACUGCAUUCCAGAGAGCCACCUUCAAUUCAAUUUAGUCCGCCUCGCUCUAACAUCUUCAUCUGCGACAGAAAAAAACAGUUAGCCUUCCUGGUCCAAAUAUCAUCAUCAAUUCUUCUGCUCUCUUUAUCCUACUUGAAUCACCAAAACAACCAAAGAAUCAGAGAAAACUCCGGGUUACCAAAAACAACAGAUUAAUUCAUACCACCCACAAAAGGAACAAUGGCAUCAGAAAGUACCAACAACACUAACAGCAGCAACAGCGACUCAUACCCGUUUCUGAGUAAGUUCGGUGGGGUUCAGACUCUUUCCAUUGUGGACUUCAUGAAGAUCUGGAGACACUAUGACUCAGACAAGAGUGGCUUCAUAGAAACAGAAGACAAGGAAGACGGGUCAAAUGAGUUCAGAGACUUCAUCUCCGAUUUCCUCAAGGUGUGUGUGGGCCAGUGUGACUCCGAGACUGUGAAGGAGACUAUGGAGUACUGCAUAGAGACCUAUGACGUCAACAACGACGGAAAAUUCCAGCUGGGAGAGAUGAUCAAACUGCUUCCUGUAGAGGACAACUUCAUGAGUCAGUUCCACUCCUCCCCCUCCUCUUCUUCUGCUGCUGCUGGUGGUGGGGGUGGGGGUGCAGGUGGGGUGAAGAGGGGUCCGAUCGCGAAGGAGGACUUUGAGCGCAUCUUCAAACACUACGACCAGGACAACUCCGGAAAAGUAGAGGGCGAGGAAAUAGACGGACUAAUCCGGGACUUAGUGAGUGUGGACGAUGAGGAGGCUGGGAGGGAACUGACGAUGGCGAAACUGGCAUCAAUUAGGGAGGAGCUACUUCAGGUAGCAGAUUUGGAUGGAGACGGACAGCUGGACAAGUCAGAGCUGGAGUACUUCCUAUCUGUGGGCAAGAAAUUCUAGAACAUUCCACUCCUUAGAUUGAGAAUAUUAUGAGUAUUCUACAAGGUGAAACGCAAAAAAAUUGAGAAGAAUUCUACAGCAAUAAGGGACUCAGUAUCACGGAAAACACGAAUUGUCACUUUAUAAUUCAUCAGCUAAGAAAAAAACGCUUUCGAAAUAUUUCAAUAUUCAGCAUCGUCUCAAUUUAUUCAAUUUAUUACUGCACAAUUUACAUUUCUGACGCUCAAUUAAUAACUUAUGAAAAGUUACCGAGAGAGCACUGUAUGCAUAACGACUUGUCAACUUAUUCGCUCAUCAAAUGAACAUUUUGAGGAACUGAAACACUAAAUCAAAAGUACCAAAGCAAGAUCAGAUUAAUAUGAAAGCGAAAAGAGUUGC